GUUGUGAGCUGCCACAUGGUUUCUGGGAAUCAAACCCGGGUCUCCUGGAAGAGUAGCAAGUACUCUUAACCUUUGAGCCAUCCUCCCACCCAGGAGUUCUCAACUUUUACACUCAUCAAAAUCAUCUAGGUGAAAUUUAUUCAGCUAUAAAGAAAAAAAUUUGAAGGAUAAUGUGUGAACUAGAGAUUACCCUGUUAAACAAAAGAAGCCUGACAUGGAAGGACACAUGCUGCAUGCUUUUCCUCAAAAUUAAAAAUCUGCAUUAAAAAAAAAAAAAAGUCCCGCAGAGCUGAGCGGCCAAGAUGUAUGACUUCACCAAGGACCAGACCGCAGAAUUCAAGGAGGCUUUCCAGCUGUUUGACCGAACUCUCGAUAGCAAUAUCCUGUACAGCCAGUGUGGGGACGUGAUGAGGGCCCUGGGCCAGAACCCUACCAACGCUGAGGUGCUGAAGGUCCUGGGGAACCCCAAAAGUGAUGAGAUAAAUGUGAAGGUGCUGGACUUUGAGCACUUCCUGCCCAUGCUGCAGACUGUGGCCAAGAACAAGGAUCAGGGGACUUAUGAGGAUUAUGUUGAAGGCCUUCGUGUGUUUGACAAGGAAGGGAACGGUACCGUCAUGGGUGCAGAAAUCCAUCAUGUCCUUGUCACACUUCGGGAGAAGAUGAUAGAGGAGGAGGAGGUGGAGAUGCUGGUGGCAGGACAUGAGGACAGCAACGGUUGCAUCAACUAUGAAGAGUUUGUCCGGAUGGUGCUGAAUGGCUGAGGACAUUUCCAUAUUGCGAGCCAGUGCCUUGCCCAGAGUGAGAUUUCUAUGCUAUGUGGCUCCUCCUAGGCUCCCUUAUCACAGCACCUUUGCCCAUCUGGUCUCUUCUGGAUGAUGUUUGCCUUCACUAAAUAAAAUGCUCUCCCCCCCACCAAAAAAAAAAAUCUGCAUUUAAAAAUAA